AUGUCUACAUUCGGCACCCACUACAGAGUCACCACCUAUGGUGAAUCGCAUUGCCUCAGCGUGGGCGCCAUUAUCGAUGGCUGCCCACCAGGCAUGGCCCUCACCGAAGCCGAUAUCCAGCCCCAGAUGACGCGCCGACGACCAGGCCAGUCUGCCAUUACAACGCCGCGAAACGAAAAAGACCGUGUCGAGAUCCAGUCAGGUACGGAGUUUGGCAUCACACUGGGAACGCCCAUUGGUGUACGGGUCAUGAAUGAGAACCAGCGCAAGCAGGAUUAUGGCAACCAGACCAUGGACAAGUACCCACGACCCAGCCACGCAGACUGGACCUACCUCGAAAAGUACGGCGUCAAGGCGAGCUCAGGUGGAGGAAGGAGUAGCGCAAGAGAAACGAUUGGGCGCGUGGCUGCUGGUGCAAUUGCGGAAAAGUACCUGCGCGAGGCCUACGGUAUUGAAAUCGUCGCCUUUACAAACUCCAUCGGGAAUGAGUUCCUCUUCCCGCCCACGCCCGAACACCCCACUGCCUCGACCAACCCAGAGUACCUCAAGCUCAUCGACUCCAUCACCCGCAACAAGGUCGACGAGUUCCUGCCUGUGCGAUGUCCCGACGAAGACGUCACCCGGCGCAUGGAAGACUUGAUCGCAAAGUACAGAGACGCGCAGGAUAGCAUAGGUGGCACAGUCACAUGCGUCAUAAGAAACUGCCCGACAGGACUGGGAGAGCCAUGCUUCGACAAGCUGGAAGCUAAGCUCGCCCACGCCAUGCUCUCCAUCCCCGCCACCAAGGGCUUCGAAAUCGGCUCAGGGUUCGGCGGCGCCCAACUGCCAGGCUCCAUUCACAACGACGCCUUCAUCAAGGCCCCCGCCGUUCCCGCAGGCCAGAACCCCUCCUCAAACGUCCCCCGGCCGCGCCUGACCACCAAGACGAACAACUCCGGCGGCAUCCAGGGCGGCAUUUCCAACGGUGCCCCCAUCUACUUCAACGUUGCAUUCAAGCCUGCGGCUACCAUUGGCCAGGCUCAGACAACAGUCACCUACGACGAGGUCGAUGGCGUGCUAGAGGCAAAGGGCAGACAUGAUCCCUGUGUCGUCCCUCGCGCUGUGCCCAUUGUCGAAAUGAUGGCUGCAUUAGUCAUUAUAGACGCCAUACUUGCACAGCAGGCGAGACAAGGAGCGAGGAGUAUGCUGCCUCCUCUCAAGGGCGUGCAGCCUGUCCACGGUGGCGCGCAAUAA